AACCGGUUGGUCUUUUUAUGUUAAAAAUUAGGUAAACUUUCAAGACUCUUUUCUCACUCGUUCUCAGCCUCCAUUAGUCCGACAGCCGGCGAUUGGACUGCCUUCCCGGCGUCUCACGCCGACAACUGGCGACCAGCAUAUCAGACCAAGGCCCCUAAUCACUAGUUUGAUUCGAAAACAAGCGAUCGGACAACAAUAUAUCCUUUGAAGAGAUGGCUCGAUUUCGAAAUAAGAAGAAAAAGGCAUUUGUUAAGCCGGUUGUGAAGAAGAACCAGCCAAGUGUUGAUCACAUAACAGGUGACAAAAUCCCGAAAAGCUUUGUGUUUUCGAGAGGUAAGUUGCCUAGUGCUCUCAGGCAACUGCAGAUGGAUUUGAGAAAGUUGAUGCUUCCCCACACUGCUCUCAAGCUCAAGGAAAAGAAGAGGAAUAAUCUCAAAGACUUCUUGAAUGUUGCAGGUCCCAUGGGUGUUACGCAUUUCCUCAUAUUAUCAAAAACUGAAAGUGCACCAUACUUGAGGGUUGCCAGGACGCCACAAGGCCCAACUCUUAGUUUUAAAAUACAUGAGUACUCAUUGGCUGUUGAUAUUGCUCAAUCUCAGCUGCGUCCUAGAUGUCCUCAAGAUCUUUUAAAAAAUUCACCAUUGAUUGUCCUUUCUGGUUUUGGCACUGGGGAGCAACAUCUAAAACUCACAACUAUUAUGUUUCAGAACAUUUUCCCAGCCAUUGAUAUUAACACGGUCAAACUUCCUUCAUGCCAGCGAAUCGUUUUGCUUAAUUAUAACAAGGAGACAAAGCUUAUUGAUUUUCGACAUUAUUCCAUCAGAUUACAGCCCGUUGGUGUCUCGCGCAGAAUCAGGAAAUUUGUGCAGAACCAUCAAGUUCCUGAUUUAAGAAGUCUUCAGGAUGUGAGUGACUUUGUCACAAAGGCUGGUUAUGGAUCAGAAAGUGAAGCAGAUGAUGAAGCGGCAACUGUAAGUCUAGCAAGUGAUCUUGGUAGAGUUAACAGAGCUUCAACAAAAAGUGCUGUCAAGCUUCAAGAGAUUGGACCUAGGAUGACUCUUCAACUCACCAAAAUUGAGGAAGGAUUGUGUUCUGGUGGAGUCAUAUUUAGCGAGUAUGGAAAUAGUGGUGAGAAAAAGAAACCGGAAACUCAGGAAGAGGAAGAGGAAGAGGAAGAGGAAGAGGGAGAGGAAGAGGAUGAGGAUGAGGAUGCCGAAGAUAUGGAGGAAGACUAGCCUCUUUGCUAACUUUCAAAAUCAAUUAGAAGAUGAUGAGAAUGGAUAUUAUGCCAGAGGAAAGAGAGUUUUUAAGUCCUUUGGUCCCAAGAUGCAGAAUUGGUAGUGGUGCUGGCCAUUAAAACAAUUCAGGUAUAAGCAAGCAAACUUGUCUUGUUCUUGGAAGAUUGAAUGACUCUGUGUACCAUUUCAACAGAGAGAUGAUCUAAUUAUAUUUCUUCAAAAAAAUUUGUAUUUCUUCAAACACUAUAGGAACGUGUUUGGGACACUUUUCAAAUUAGUGAUUUCAUUCAAGAUGAAAUGGAUUGAAUGAUUAGUGAUUAAAUGAGCAAAAUACUAUUUUUUUUAUAUAUUUAAUAAUAUAUUCUUGACAUAUUUCUGUUGUA